CGUUAAACUACGAGGGGAGAUUACACUCCAAAAAAAAUGGUUUCGAAAGUCGGAGGCUGGUUGAAACUUAACAUUUACCAUUUUUUUAAUAUCCAUGACAUAGUAACUCAAAGUAAUGUAGUGGUAAUAUCAAGUGCAAAAUGAUAGUACACUCACUGAUGCAUAACACAAUAUGGAGAUAGAGCAUAUUGUCAUAAAGAAAAUAGAAUGUAGAAAUAUCUUAGUAAUUGCCUAUGUAUCAGUUCCCUUGUAUGAAAAAAUCUAGAAAUUUCAUUAAACAAAGGCCAACAAUAUAGCAUGAAGAAUGGUAAUAUUAAAUGUAUAAUCUUAAUUGUUUGGUAUUAUUUAGUUUCUGAGAGUGUAUUGAUUUUAAAAAUAACUUAUUUCCUGAAACAUCUACAAUUAUAAGAACAAUUUUCACCAUAUGAUCAUCCUUCACAAAUGUAGUCUAAUGGAUGGAUUUUUUGAAGUAAAUAAAAUAAAUAUGACUCGAGUAAAUAAUAGCAGUAUUACAUGUCGGAUCUUAUUCGUUUUGCAUUAUUAUUAUUAGUUUUUAAUACAUAGGAAUAGUCAUUUCUUAAAUCAACUUCAUAAAUGUAUUCUAAUAGAUAUUUAUUUUUUGACUUAAUUAAAAAUAGCAAACUUGACUCAUCAAGUUGCGAAUCAUACAUAAAUAAAUAUCAGCUCAAUAAUUCUGAUCACAUCAUAACACAAUUAUAAUAUUGGAUUUAACAUUGGUCACUCAGGCAAUUUUACUAUUUAAUAUCAUGAAGGCUCAGUUGUUUUAUAGGAUUAUUAAAUUUAAAAUACAUUUUAGAAUCCAGCUUAUAUUACAGGUAAUUGUCUGCAUUAAAUUUAUUGCCCAUAAUGAAAACAAGGGAUGUGAGAAUGUUAACAAAAUCAGAAAAAAAAUAUCAGUGUCAGUUCAUUAUCAAGUAAAAGGCUUGUGAUAAGUUCAAAAUUCCUAUAUGUUAUUUAAUUUGUUAACCUUUUGUUCUUGGUUUCCAGGUGGUGGCCCAGCAGUUCUCACAAACUACACUCCUCUUGAAGAAACUAUUGUGACACUGACUGAGCCUGUUGAUAUUACUGGUUUACUAGGGGUUUAUGAAAAUGAGACAGAAGUUGAUGAUGUUGCAGAACCAACUCCUGGGCCAUCUGGGAUAGCAUCUCAGGUCAUAACAGACUCGAACGUCGUUGUAACAUUGGAUGAGGGCACUCCAGAGGAGCAAGAAAUGACAAUACCCAUUGUGUCAAUGGACCACACUUACUCCUCAGAAUUACCUCCUUUUUUAAUAGAAGACACUGACGCUCAGGAUGGAGGUAGCAGACAUGAGGUAGUGCAUGGUCAUAGCAGAAGAUCAGAAGAAAGGAGAAUUUUGCCUGACAUGCUUCAGAUACAAGCAAAUAUAAAAAUUCCCUUGAAACAGCUUGUAAGCUCAGUAAAAGACAUUGCAUCAGCAUUACAAACAAUUGCUGGUGUUAUAAAAGAUAAGGCAUAAGUUCUUAUUUUUAUCAAAUGUUGAAAUAUUUUAGUUUUUCUCCCAUUCAAUUCUAGUCUUAAUCUACCCAUUUAUAGUACACAGUUGACAUUAAUUUGUGAUAGGCAUUUGUGCAUUUAACAAAGUCAUAAUGUUAAGUUAUUGCUUAAGAGACUAAGUCUAAAAUAAGUCUUUAUUUCGGAGUUCCUUUAUUUCUUCAGUACAGACUAAGGCAAAAAUCCAUUAUAUAUUAUUUAUUUUUUGUUCGCAUUAAUGUUUGCACUGAGGUUGUGAAAAUUGUAUUUUGGUUUUUAUGAUAUAGGUUAAGAUCAUUUUAUCCAGUUUGGAAGAAUCAUAUUUUUAUAGGGGGGAAUUCAGGAUUUUAUUAUUUUUUUUAGGAAAAAAAUGAUUUUCAUUUUUUUCAAAAUUCUGACAGGUGCACUGUUUGGUUUCUGCAUAGGAUAUAUAUUUUCCUUUUAGGUUAAGAAAGUAACAAAUUUUUGUUGUUUACACAUGGCAAUAAUAAAGUAUAUGAUAGUUCUGGUGCUGUCAAUUAAGAUUGAUUUUAUUUGUUGAUACGAAGACAGAGCUGUAUGUAAGUUUAAUUUAUUUUUCUGGUUUUGAUGUUGUAGGCUGAGGAAGAAAGCAAAUAUAUACUUAUUGCUAUUCUAAUAUUUAUUGUUAACAUAGUAAUUAAGCUUUGAGGGAUAGCUUUACUCGUAUUUUAAAAAUGUUAUAUUUCUUUAUUUGUAUAUUUAUAUGCCUGAAAUUACUUGCUUCCAAAGAUUUUUGUUUAUUUCACUUCUAAGGCAACCCAACUUUGGUUGUGGUCUGUCUUGUGGUCAUAAAGCACCAUGACAAAAAUAUGUAACUUACAUUUUGUACUUUAAGCAGUAUUGCUUUGUAUGUAUGUGUAGAUACUUUCAUAUUAUUUUUGUGAUGUAUCAUUAUGGUAUUUUUCUUACCAGUCUUAUAGUUUU